GCCUCCUGCUUCAGCGGCUAACGGGUCUCCGCGCAUCUCUUCCUCAGAGACCCCUUUUUUCGAUUAUUCCAAAAUGGCAUCGGAUGAAGGAAAGCUCUUCAUUGGAGGGCUCAGUUUUGACACCAACGAGCAGAAUCUGGAGCAGUUGUUCUCCCCCUAUGGAGACAUUGCAGAAGUGGUGGUAGUGAAAGACCGGGAAACCCAGCGGUCCAGAGGCUUUGGCUUUAUAACCUACUGCCGUCCUGAGGAUGCCAAGGAUGCCAUGAGGGCCAUGAACGGCGAGUCUGUGGAUGGCCGUCAGAUCAGGGUUGACCAGGCUGGGAAAUCAUCCCGUGGCUCUUCUGGAGGCAGAGGCCGUGGACGUGGAUUCUCUAGAGGAGGUGGAGGAUAUGGAGGUGGUCGUUACGACAACAGGAGCGGUGGCUAUGGAGGAUCAAGAGACUACUAUGGCAGCAGGAAUCAGGGAGGCUAUGGAGACCGUUACUCUGGGGGCUCCUACAGAGACAACUACGAUAACUAGCUUGCACCGAGCAUAAAUCCUUCCUGAAUCAAGAUCGUCCUUCCAAAUGGCCGUAUUUAUAAAGAUUUUUGGAGCUUCGCUGAAUCUUGUUUAGUUCUCGACCUGUAUUCCCCCCCUUCCCGUUUUUGUAGUCUUAUCACAUGCAGCCCAACAGCUUCUGCUACAAGAUGGCCUGUUAAGAGCUUUCUGGAGGAAAAAAACAUUUUAAUUUGCCUUUUUUUUUUUUACAGGUGUGUUUCAGCAUUUUUUUAAUAACUUUUAUUGAUUUUUUUUUCCUCCCACCACUUCCCCAGAUUUCUUUUAACAAGCUAAGAUUGGGGCUCCAGCCUACGUUUUGCCUAUAAAUCCCCAGAGUCUUGAGCAAGGUGUAAAAGAUCCUCCUUGUUUUUAUAAAUGCAUUAAUACCUUGUAGUUUUGUAAAAGUCCUAUGGUGUAGUAAAGGAAGGGGUACGGUGGAAGGCAGACCCCCUUGAUUGUAAAGGGAGACUCGUGUGUUUGAUCUUCAGAAAUCAGAAAUUUAUACUGUAUGAUGUACCUAGAACCGAAGCUUGCAGACCUGGCAAGUAGUUCUUGAAAAAACAAAACCCGUUUGUUUAUAUUUUUUUUUAAACUGGAAGACACACAUGUAACUCGAUAUUGUACUAAAAGUGGUUAAGGAUUUCCUGUAUUCAGUUCUUUGGCUUCACGAAGCCUAUUAAAUACCCUUCUGAAAAUGAA